AUGGAUUCGGGUGAUGACUCUUCUCAAGAUGGUGACUUUCGUUCCGACGUAUUAUCAGCUGUUGGUAUGACACCUGGUGGCAGCUCUUCACUGAGCCUGUUCCAGAAUAAAAUAAGGCAAGCUGACAGGUUUUGGGUACUUCCAGGUGAAAAAAUACAAAUUGAAGAAGCGAAUGUAGGAUAUAUGUCGCCCAUUGGCAAAGUAAACGGUAGGGUACUUGUUACUAAUUAUCGAUUACGAUUUGAAGCGAAACCUUCGUCUGAUAAUCGUCAUAGCAAGUGCUGUCAAUUCGAUAUACCUUUGGGUUGUAUCUCUCGAGUUGAAAAGGUUGGCUAUUCAACUGUAAGUCGUGGCGAGGAUUCUUAUGGAUUGGAGAUCACUUGCAAGGAUAUGCGAAAUAUUCGGUUCACUCAUCAGCAGACAAAUCACAGUAGGCGACCACUUUAUGAAAGUUUACAGCGUUUUGCUUUUCCAGUCACAAAUAAAGCACCAUUUUUCGCAACUUCGUUCAAACCAGACUGGGCUUUCAAUGGAUGGAACGUUUAUGAUACUGUUCGAGAACUGAAUCGAAUGAAUGUGCCCAAUGAAACAUGGAGAGUCACAAGAAUUAAUGAUCGUUAUGAAUUUGCAGAUUCUUAUCCUGCUUUGUUAGCUGUGCCUGCAAUAGCUUUAGCAGAGGGAGAAGAUUUUUUGCAGAAAGUUGGCGAAUUCCGAAGCAAGCAAAGAAUACCGGCAAUUAUAAUAACAGUCUUAUCUUGGUUACAUCCUGCUACUCAAGCAUCUAUUACACGAUCAUCUCAACCAAUGGUUGGAGUGACAUCUCGGAAGUCUGCAGAAGAUGAACGUUACUUACAAAUGAUAGUGGAAGCAAACGCUCAUGCUCAUCAGUUGCUUAUAUUUGAUGCUCGUCCGGUUGUGAAUGCAAAAGUUAAUAAGGCAAAAGGUGGUGGUUUUGAGGAUUCGUAUGCUAAUUGCCGGCUUAUAUUCUUAGAUAUCCAAAACAUCCAUGUAGUUCGGGAAUCGUUGCGUAAAUUAAAAGAUAUGUCUUUCCCUCGUGUUGAUGAAAAAAAUUGGUUUCGUAUGUUAGACGAUACCAAGUGGCUUAGCCACAUUCAGACAAUUUUGGAUGGUGCAACACAAAUCGCUCGCGAAGUAGAAGAUAACAAAGCUUCAGUUUUAGUUCACUGUAGUGAUGGCUGGGAUAGAACUGCUCAGCUAACAUCCUUGGCGAUGUUGGAACUGGAUCCGUAUUAUCGAACUAUCCAAGGAUUUGCUGUUUUGGUAGAAAAGGAGUGGUGCAGUUUUGGUCAUAAAUUUGCUCAUCGUGUUGGUCACGGAGAAGACAAGCACAAUGAUAGUGAAAGAUCGCCUAUAUUUCUUCAGUUUAUCGAUUGUGUGUGGCAAAUCAUGAAUCAAUUUCCUUACGCUUUCGAGUUUAAUGCUACAUUACUUAUUACAAUAUUGGAUGAACUGUACUCAUGCCGAUUUGGAACAUUUUUGUAUAACAGUGAAAAGCAGCGUCAUCGAGAUCAACGUGUUAAAGAAAAUACAGUAUCUCUAUGGUCUUAUAUUGUAAAUGAAAGAAGACGUUUUCUCAAUCCGUUUUAUAAUCAGUAUCCGCGAUUCAUCGAUGUUUUGCGUCCGAACACUUGUAUGAUGUGUAUUAAAAUCUGGAGGAAUUAUUAUUUUCGUUAUUGUCCAACAAUCGUUGCACAAGACCAUAUGGAUAUAGAAGCUGUUGUCAAUGAAAAAAUUUUACAAAAAGUGGAAGCUCUGCAAGUUGAAGUAAAUAUGCGGGAACAAGCUGUUAGUAAGAAUAUUCCAAACACAAAUUUUAGAUAA